AUGACCAAGCUCGGCCUCGAGGCCAAGGAUCUGGAGCCGACCCGGACAAUCUUCCACGGCAUCGUCCCCGGCCUCUCCUGCUCCCCGACCGGCCGGGUCCGGCUCGACGUCAUGUUCCGCGACAGCAGUCACUUCCGACGCAAGCCGAUCUGGUUCGAGGUAGUGGACCUAUCCACAGCGUACCACGCGCUGCUGGGCCGGCCCGCGCUCGCCAAGUUCAUGGCGGGCCUCAUCACCAUCAUUGGCGACUACCGCAAGUCCCUGGACUACGCCCGAGACGGCGCCAAGCUAGCCGAGUCGCUGGUCAUAGCCGAGGAGCGGCGCCAGCUCGACCGGAUCGUCGCCCUGGCCCAAGAGUCGUCUGCCGCGCAGAUCCCGACGGAGGAGCCGGCCGAUGAGGCCGCGUUCAAGCCCUCCAAGGAGACCAAGAAGGUGAAGCUGAACCCAGAAGACCCCAGCUGCAGCAAGUACGUUAUCGUAGGCACCCGCCUCGACAACAAAUAG